UAUCCCGUUAAAGAUGCAUAAUUUUACUUUUCGCCAUAAGCCCAAGAGAGAGAGGCCCAGCCAGCGCGGCGAAUCGGUGGUGAGCCGCGCCCGGAAGUUUUAUAGCCAAUGGCGACCCACGAAGGAACGCUUGAAAAUCAGAGCGUGCGUCUUCCUCCGACCGAGGCUAUCGCUAAAAUUUGAAGAGACAGAGAGAGAUCAGGGUGGAGACGUGGGAGAAUGGCGUGUAUGCACGAUCACAGCUGCGAAGACCACGACUGUUCCUCCAAUUGGUCCCUCUUCAAGCACAUCGACCUCGCCAAGGUAUCAGCACUCAACGAGGCUGUUCCAGGAAGCGUGAAGUCAGUGUUUAAAGCUUGGGAGCAUCGCUUGAAUUCUUCUGAGGGCUACUUGGAAAGCAAUGAUGGUGAUCCUGAGUUACUUGUUUUCAUUCCAUUUACUUCGGAUGUCAAGAUCAAGAGUAUUUCAAUUGUCGGUGGUGCUGAUGGAACAAGUCCGUCAAAGAUGAGGGUGUUUAUCAAUAGAGAGGGCAUUGACUUUUCAGAUGCCCAGAGUAUGCAAGCUGUCCAGGAAUGGGAUUUGGCUGAAAACAUGCAAGGAAUGUUGGAAUAUCAAACUCGGUACUCAAAAUUUCAAAGUGUGGGCAACAUUACGUUGCAUUUUCCUGACAACUUUGGGGGUGACACGAGCCAGAUACAUUACAUUGGCUUUAAAGGCGAAGCUACUCAGUUGAAGAGGGACGUUGUUGCUACCAUCGUAUAUGAAUUAAUGCCGAAUCCUUCUGACCAUAAGACGAAGGCUGAAAGUGGUGGCGGUUUUUCACAUGUGGAAUGAAAUACAGAGACAAGGGCAAGCUGCAUUUGAAUUUCUAUGACGACGGUUGGAUCACAUGUAAAUUAUUAUGAUUAUCCCAGUCCCUCCUGAAUUGACAUAUAAUAUAUGUCAUGAUAGACCGUGUGUUUUCAAUUCUUCUC